GAUAUCAACAAACUUCGAUCGCGAAUGUCUCUCGACCUCUCGCCACGACUAUCGAUUGUCUCGUUACUUUUUCGCACAUCUCGUUACGGGAAGACUAUUAUCGACUACUCGAGUGACGCGACAUCCGAAGUUAAUACUGCAUGUGAUAUAUGCGACUGCGACUGUCGUAUUCGCGAUGGUGCAUCGCGUUUCGCCGUGACGAAGCAGUGAAUCGAUCGACGAGUUACUGAACGUUGUUUUACCGGCUGGACCGGUGAAAACGUCGACUCGCGACUACGAUCACACGUAUACAACGUACAUGUAUGUAAAUUCGGUUGCGCGCGCGCAACGUGGAAUACACAUAUAUGGUGACGACUACAUGCACGCGCGAACACACGUGCAAGCCGUUACACACGUCAUAAGAGCCGCGUACACGCUGUCGCUCGGAUCAGACCAGCUCGGACCGUGUUUCGGAACGUCGAGCGCGCACCUCUCGCGCAUAUUCGACAGUUCGAGCGUGUGACAUAUUCCAUCUCAUCGGUUUUUUUCGUGUGUAUUCUCGCCUCGUUCCAUUCUCGUAACGACGUCGACGACAACAUGUGCGGAAUUUUCGCUUAUCUGAACUACUUGACUCCGAAGAGCAGAAAGGAGAUCCUGGAGCUUCUGGUCGUCGGCCUGAAAAGAUUGGAAUAUCGCGGAUAUGAUUCCGCAGGCGUCGCCCUUGACAGCGCGGACGGCAAGGACAUCGCGAUUAUUAAGAAGCAGGGAAAGGUCAAGGCUCUCGAAGAAGAGAUAUUUUGCCGUACCAAUCUCGAUUUCGAAUCGGAGACCCGGUGCCACGUCGGCAUCGCACACACGCGAUGGGCGACCCACGGUGUGCCGUCGGAGAUCAACGCCCAUCCCCAGCGUUCCGAUUGGGAGCACGCUUUUGUCGUCGUUCACAAUGGUAUCGUGACGAAUUACAAGGAAGUCAAGACGCUGCUGCAGCAGAGAGGAUACAUGUUCGAGAGCGACACCGAUACCGAGAUCAUCGCCAAGCUGAUUCAUCACCUCUGGGUGCAACAUCCCGCGUACUCGUUCCGCGAACUCGUCGAGCAGGUCGUUCAGCAAUUGGAAGGAGCCUUUGCUCUCUGCUUCAAGAGCAAGUACUUCCCGGGCGAGUGCGUGGCCACGAGGCGGGGCUCGCCGCUUCUGGUCGGCAUCAAGACGAAGACGAGGCUGGCCACCGAUCAUGUGCCCAUCUUGUACGGGAAAGAUGACCUUCAGUGCGCAAUAAACAAAGAAGGUGAAGCACCGUCUCAAGAUCAUCGUCCGCACGGUAGAAACCCGGAACUUCCGGUGAUACCGCGCAGCGAGAGCACGUCCGAGUUUCAACCCCUCGAGGACAAAGAGGUCGAGUAUUUCUUCGCUUCCGACGCAAGCGCGAUAAUCGAGCACACGAAUCGCGUGAUAUUUUUGGAGGAUGACGACGUCGCGGCCGUUAAAGAGGGCGCGCUGAGCAUCCAUCGUCUCCGUCGCUGCAUGGACGAUCCGCACGCUCGUGAGAUCACGACCCUGAAAAUGGAGAUUCAGCAAAUCAUGAAGGGUAACUACGACUAUUUCAUGCAGAAGGAGAUCUUCGAGCAGCCGGAGUCGGUGGUGAACACGAUGAGGGGACGUUUGAACUUCCAAGACAAUUCCGUUACGCUGGGCGGAAUCAAAGAUUACAUUCCCGAGAUCAAAAGAUGCAGACGACUGAUGUUAAUCGGCUGUGGCACGAGUUAUCACUCCGCUAUAGCUACUCGACAGCUUCUCGAAGAGCUGACGGAGUUGCCGGUGAUGGUCGAGCUUGCGUCCGACUUUUUGGACCGUAACACGCCGGUCUUCAGGGACGACGUCUGCUUCUUUAUUUCUCAGUCGGGCGAAACAGCUGACACGCUAAUGGCACUGCGCUAUUGCAAGAGCCGCGGAGCUCUUAUCGUGGGCAUAACCAACACCGUCGGCAGUAGCAUUUGCCGUGAGUCCCACUGCGGCGUGCACAUCAACGCCGGUCCCGAGAUCGGUGUGGCGAGUACCAAAGCUUACACCUCGCAAUUCAUUUCUCUAGUGAUGUUUGCGCUGGUAAUGAGCGAGGACAGAAUCUCCCUUCGCGCGAGACGUUUGCAGAUCAUCGAAGGCCUGAAAAAUCUCGACAAUCUCAUUCGCGAAGUGCUGAAGCUCGAUGACAAAGUUAAGGAACUGGCCAAGUCUCUGUUUCAACAUAAAUCCCUAUUGAUUAUGGGUCGCGGUUAUAAUUUCGCUACAUGUAUGGAAGGCGCACUAAAAGUGAAAGAAUUGACUUAUAUGCACAGCGAAGGAAUUAUGGCCGGUGAAUUGAAACACGGCCCGUUGGCUCUCGUUGACGAUUCCAUGCCGGUUAUUAUGAUCGUGAUGCGAGAUCCGGUUUAUGUGAAAUGUAUGAACGCGCUGCAGCAAGUCACCGCGCGAGACGGCAAGCCGAUCGUUAUCUGCGAGGAAGGGGACGAGGAAACAAAAUCCUUCGCCGACCGGGCUCUCGAGAUACCGAAAACUGUCGACUGCUUGCAGGGAAUUCUCACCGUCAUUCCUAUGCAACUGUUGUCCUUCCACAUCGCGGUUUUGCGCGGUUGCAACGUCGACUGUCCGAGAAAUUUGGCGAAGUCCGUUACGGUCGAGUAAAGAAUUGAUUGAGAACUUUUCCACGAGAUCGUUAAAGCGGUCGUCGCAAAACAAAAAAACAAAUAUUUCUUAGAGUCCGUACAGGAACGAGAAAAUUAGGUAAGAAGAGAAACAUUUAUAAGAAAAUGCAAGUAUCACGUCGCGUAAAUAAAACACGUUGUUUCAGUCAGUCAGAGAUUUCUCGCUUGAAAUCUUAUUUGUGAAACUCAUUGCCUAUUGAUUUGAUUCUGACGACGCCUAACAAUCGACUUUAUUAUCGACUUUAUUACACACAAAUGAGAUUGUAAUAGAACAUUUUUUUUUAUUACUGCCGUCAAGUUUUUAAAAUUGACAGAUCGAGAUCAUUUACCUUGUAUAUUAAUUUGUUACAUAAUUUGUUAGUGAAAAAACGAACAAUUAUGAAAAAUAAUUAAUAUAUAUAAAUUAAAAAUAUUUAAUAAAUAAACGUUCCUUUUUCUCUCUUUCGGGAAUGACAUAUUUCCCGGGACACGAUUCCGUUGCAUUUAAUACUUAGUUUUACGUGAUGGUACUGACUCGCUCUGUGGUUAAAAACCACACGAUUUAUAUUUUAAACAUAAUCACAGAUAUAUAUAUAUAUAUCUAUCAGUACAUGCUUUUUUUCUGGUUUGUCGGGGUGUACGAUAUGUGUGAUAUUUCUUCGUGUCAAGACUGCGAUAGAAAUUCUCGUAUGUAUCCGCGAUAACGAUCGCACACGCGCGAAUAUAAUAUACAUUGUACGUUCGUUCGUACAUACAAGUACAGACGGCGUCAUUAAUUCGAAGAAUAGGCGCGGGGAUCACAUAAAAAGUCCAGUUGAUCCAAAUAUUCAUU